ACGCAGAGCCUAGCAACAGCGCAGGCUCCCGGCCGAGUCCGUUAUGGCCGCAGCCGCCCUAGGGAGGAUGAGGGGGGCAGUGCAAGCGAACCUGCUUCCCGGGCCGGGCAUCGAGACCCCUGGAGGGCUGGCGUGGACACUGGUCCUCGUGCUCCUGUUUGCGUUCGCCGUGUCAACUGCUGUAUCACAAACGGAUCCACCAGGCCAAAGUGUACGAAACUCAGAUGUUUCUACUUCAAAUAUGAAUGCUUUAACACAUGAAAACCCAACCAAACCUUCUAUUUCCCAAGUCAGUACCACUCUCCCUCCCCCAAUCAGUACAGAGAAAAGUGGAAGAGCAUCUGCAGCCCCCCAUCCCUCUCCUAUGACCUCUCUGUCCCAAGAGGAAGCUGAUAACAAUGAAGAUCCGAGCAUAGAGGAGGAGGAUCUUCUCACACUGAAUAGUUCUCCAUCCACAGCCAAAGACACUCUGGACAAUGGAGAUUAUGGAGAACCAGACUAUGAUUGGACCACCAGCCCCAGGGAUGAUGAGUCCGAUGAGACUUUAGAAGAAAAUAGGGGUUACAUGGAAAUUGAACAGUCAGUGAAAUCUUUUAAGGCCCCAUCCUCAAAUGUAGAAGAGGAAGACAGCCACUUCUUUUUUCAUCUUAUUAUUUUUGCUUUCUGUAUUGCUAUUGUUUAUGUUACAUAUCACAACAAAAGAAAGAUUUUCCUCCUAGUUCAAAGCAGGAAAUGGCGUGAUGGCCUUUGUUCUAAAACAGUGGAAUAUCACCGUCUAGACCAGAACGUUAAUGAGGCCAUGCCUUCUCUGAAGAUUACCAAUGAUUAUAUUUUUUAAAGCACUGUGAUUUGAGUUUGCUCAUUAUAUAAUUUUAUUUGCUUGACUUUUUAUAUGAUGUUGUGCAGAUGUUUGCCAUAGGCAGUUGGUACUUAAAUGAGAGGCAGAUCUCUCUUUUGCCUUGGUGCUUUGGAAAUUGAAUGUCACAAACAGGGAGUAUAUAAUUUUUUAAUCUACAUUUUUAGAGCUGAAUUUAAUCAGGUGUCUGAAAUGUGAGCAUUACCUUCAUUUACACUGGUAGUUUUAUUAUUUCCAUUCAUUGUAUUUCUUCUGGAAGUAAUGCUACUUUUGAAAGAUCCCAGACUUGUAACUAAAUUCUAACAUAGUACUAUUGACUUAGAUUCAUUCUCUGCCACCCAGAUACUAUUUUUUAAACACACAUUACUUUGUGGUCCCAAACUGAAAUGUGCAAGGGCAUAUGUAAUAAUACUUUGCUUUUAAGUAUUAUGCUUUUUGCUCUCCAGAAAACUGCUUUGUGUAUUUUAGACAAUUAAAACACACUUUAAGAUAGCGAGACUGCUCAAUCCCACUAAAAUUUUAGGUAAUAUAUUAAAUAUGUCUAGAAAUUCUGCAGAAGAGACUGAAAUUUGCCGUGAACAUAGAUAAAAUGUUAUAUAUAUAUCAUUUUUUGGUUUGAAUUACUGAAUUAAAUUAUAGGUAGAAACUGGUAAAAUGUAAAACAGAUGAAGAAUUACUUUUAGUUAGCAGUCGAUUGUACCACGGUUUCCUUAAAGGUUUCAAGUGAUGGGCAGAGUUUAAAAUUACAGAAUUUGUUCAUUUUGGUUCUUAUUGUGUAGCAAGUUUGAGUAAGUUUUAGGGCCCAUUAUCACUUAAAUAAGACUGUAUCUCGAUCUUUCAAAUUAAAAUUAUACCUGAAUGAAGUUGUUUGUAUACAUAAAAUAUAUAUGUGUACAAUGACCUUUUCCCCUCCUGGACUUGUUCUAUUUUCUUGUUUAUUUUUUUACAGCAACUGGAAAUUAUUUACUAUAUUUCAUUUGAGUCUGUCUUUCUAUCACCAAGAAUUGAUCAGUAUGUAAAUAAGUGAUUUGAACCGUGUUUGACUUAUAAGUGUCACUAUAACUUUUCAGAAAGUGUCACCUCUACUAUGUGUUAAACAAAGCCUGGUGAGCCAUGGUUGUAGGCUCUGUGUAGAGAUGGAAGAAGCAGCACUGUCCAUCCUUCCUCUUGGCUGGACACUUGACUGCCCUAGUGAGGAAGGAAAGCACAAUGGAAAUACACCUGAACGUUUUAUUGCAGUAAUUUUUUUCAUAUCUGAAAUUGUAUUAUUUAAUAUUUUGAAUAAGAUUUUAAAAAAUAAAUACAAGAUAUAAUUCCA